AAUUGAUGACGUCCAAACCUCCAGCAGCCCCUUUUCUAAUUUAUUCGUCCUUUAUUCGUUUCCACCCUGCGGUCGCAUGAUCGCUUUUAAAAUAUAAAAUAUUUCAGCAUGGUUGUCCCUCGUUCAAUCUUCGUUCCGCUGUGGAGGCAGUUACAGUAGCCACCUCCCUCUCUCCCCCCGUCAACCGUCAUGUUCCGGAUGAACUGGAUGUUUGUGUCUGUCAAACAAACUAAACCCCUCGUCGUUUUCAUCAUGAUCGUCUCACUCUUGUCCCUCUGGAUAUUCUUGCCCACACGCUUCACCAACUCGGCGCCAGCUGGUUAUUACUUGGAAUUGCCUAAAGUAGUUGUGAAAAACCUCUACAAACUGGAUACCUCUUGGCCCAAUUUUCCAGAAUAUUUCUCAGGUCAAGUAUUUGGUGUUGCAGUUGACCCAGUGGCAGAUAUUGUCUAUGUGGCUCAGAGAGGAGAAUCGAUACCAAAGAUUCUGAUGUUUACAGAGAAGGGAUAUUUCCUCCAAAAGUGGAAUACUACAACAAUUGAGAUGCCACAUGGGAUAUUUGCAGCUUACACAGCACCUUUGUCAUCUGUGUGGGUGACAGAUGUUGGAAAUGGAAAGUAUGGACACACAGUAAAGCAGUACACUCAAUCAGGAAAACUUCUUCAAAUUCUGGGGACACCUGGAACACCUGGCUCUGGCUUAAAUCCAUUACAAUUUGAUCAACCAGCAGAAGUGUUUGUUUCUAACAAAGAGGAAAUUUACAUUGUGGAUGGCGAUGGAGGCUUAAAUAACAGGCUAAUCAAGCUCACGAAUCAAGAAAUAGCUUGGAUGAGAGGAGAAAAGGGAGCUGGACCUUCUCAAUUUUACAUUCCACACAGUAUAACUGAAGAUAACGUAGGAAGAAUCUGGGUAGCUGACAGAGGAAACAAACGUUUGCAAGUAUUUGAUGCUGCUUCAGGAGAGUGGCUUGGGUCCUGGUCUAGCUGCUUCAUAGAUGAUGCUCCUUAUUCUGUGAGGCUAACAUCUGACGGCAAGUACUUCGUUGUGGCCCAGCUGAAUGUCAACAGAAUAGUUUUUUUGCCUGUCCCAUCAAUAGGUGACAUUGGGCCAUGCCUCAUAGAGGACACAAUUCAGUUGGCUGCUGAUGUGAAACCCCAUCUAGUUGAUGUCAGUCGUAAAACUGGAGCCAUUUAUGUGGCUGAAAUCGGUGCACGUCAAGCUCAGAAAUUUAUACCUACAAACAAAAAAUAGUUUUUGUAACAUCCAUUGAAGUUGCACUACCACUAUCACAAUAAUGUAAAGUGCAUCAGAUGUGAAUUAAUGCAAACGUGGUGAUAGACUGCAGGUGUUACAACCUGAUCUGAAUCACAAAAGUAUUAAUGCCAUGCAGUUUAAGACACUGUCCCAUAGACAGUCUCAAAUGGUGUUGCAGUUUCACUGCAAGUGGGAUAAUUCCAAUCCAGUGUAAAGUCAGAUUUUAAAAAUUGCUCAGGUGAGAUUUGAAUUAGGAAGUUUCCAGGUUUUUCUAAGUUUGUUAAGCUAUUAAAGACCAGAUAAGGGCAGUACAGUUGUAGUACCUUACCUCAGUGUUCCAGGUUCAGGUGUGCCGAAUUCCCCAGUAGGGGGUUCCACCUUCUGAAUGCUGUAGAGUGACCCUUGUUGGAAGUGAAUAUGUAGAUUUUAAUUGAAAACAAGUGGUUUUGGCUGUGAAUAUUCCUUUGCACACCAAAUAAGUAACUGAUACUCGAUGGAAAGGCUCUCUGACAAAUAAUGCCCAUUCAAGUGAUGAACAGCUGUUCAUGAAACCAUAUCCCAAAAAGGAGUUGAUGAAAGAGGGGAGGGAAAUGUCAAAGAAUUGAUGUGAAAUUGUUCUACCUUUCCAAAUAAAUGUACAGUUUAUAUUUAAAAUAAAUGAAAUGUAAUUAAUACACCAUAAAAUAAAGAUAAUGUUGUAGCUAUUUAAAA